AAAUACAACACCUCUCAAAACCCGACUCCCAACGUUCUCUCUCUCUAAAACCCUACGCGCUCUCUCUCUUAGGGUUUCAGAUUCUCUAUUCCGCUUCGGAACGAUGUCGUUGAGGCCGAACUCGAAGGCGGAGGGCCGCCGGAACAAGUACAAGGUGGCGGUGGACGCGGAGGAGGGGCGGCGGCGCAGGGAGGACAACAUGGUGGAGAUCAGGAAGAAUCGCAGGGAAGAGAGCCUCCAGAAGAAGCGUCGCGAGGGGCAGCCGCCGCUGCAACCGGCUAAUAAUCAGACCUCGCCGGCGCUCGAGAAGAAGCUGGAGCAUCUACCGUCCAUGGUGGCUGGUGUUUGGAGUGAAGAUAACAACCUGCAGCUCGAGGCAACUACUCAGUUUAGGAAGUUGCUAUCAAUUGAACGCUGCCCUCCAAUUGAAGAAGUUAUCCAAUCUGGUGUUGUUCCACGGUUUGUGGAAUUUCUAGUCAGGGAGGAUUUUCCACAACUUCAGUUUGAGGCAGCUUGGGCUCUCACAAACAUUGCGUCUGGGACGUCUGAGAACACGAGGGUGGUUAUUGAACAUAAUGCUGUUCCUGUCUUUGUCAAAUUACUAAGUUCUCCAAGUGAUGAUGUUCGUGAGCAGGCUGUUUGGGCAUUGGGAAAUGUUGCUGGUGAUUCCCCAAAAUGCCGGGAUCUGGUACUCGGCAGUGGGGCUCUGAGUCCAUUGUUAGCACAGUUGAAUGAGCAUGCAAAGCUGUCUAUGUUGAGAAAUGCUACUUGGACUUUAUCAAACUUUUGCAGGGGCAAGCCUCAGCCUCCUUUUGAUGAGGUUAAGCCAGCACUUCCAGCUCUAGCUAGUCUGAUUCAUUCAAAUGAUGAAGAAGUCCUGACUGAUGCAUGUUGGGCUCUUUCAUACCUUUCCGAUGGUACUAAUGACAAAAUCCAAGCUGUAAUUGAGUCUGGAGUAUGCCCCAGGCUUGUUGAGCUACUGCUUCAUCCAUCUCCAUCCGUACUCAUCCCUGCUCUCCGAACGGUUGGAAAUAUUGUUACUGGUGAUGAUAUGCAGACUCAGGUGAUCAUCCAACAUCAAGCUCUUCCUUGCCUGCUUACUCUUCUCACCAACAAUCAUAAAAAGAGCAUUAAAAAGGAAGCUUGCUGGACAAUUUCAAAUAUCACUGCUGGAAACAAAGAACAGAUUCAGGCUGUAGUUGAUGCUAAUAUACUCGGUCCACUUGUUCAACUGCUUUCAAGUGCUGAGUUUGAUAUAAAGAAAGAAGCUGCAUGGGCAGUAUCAAAUGCAACAUCUGGUGGUUCUCAUGAUCAGAUAAAAAUUCUUGUACAUCACGGGUGUAUCAAGCCAUUGUGUGAUCUUCUGAUCUGCCCCGAUCCAAGAAUCGUUACCGUUUGUUUAGAAGGCUUGGAGAACAUCUUGAAGGUUGGAGAAGCUGAGAAGAAUUUGGGCAUGACCGGAGAUAUAAAUCCCUAUGCUCAGGCAAUUGAUGAAGCUGAGGGGUUAGAAAAGAUCGAGAAUUUACAGACUCAUGACAACAAUGAAAUUUAUGAGAAGGCAGUGAAGCUUCUCGAGACAUAUUGGUUGGAUGAUGAUGAUGCUGAUGAAACAAUGCCUCCGGGUGAUGUUCCUGCUGGGGGAUUCAACUUUGGAGAAAACGCUCCAACUGUUCCUUCUGGUGGGUUCAACUUCAGUUAGAGGUGAUACGCUGUUCUCACACUUUGAUAUAUACAGCUGUCUUGGUGUUUGGAUCUGGAAUGGAGUCAUGAUGUUUUAUAUGUAUGUCAUCUUAUCAAUUGCAGAAGUUAUCCUCAAUAUGCACUCAAGUCAUUGGGUAUAGCAAGGCAAUGGUCGGGUCAGGUCAAGUGUCUACUUAAAUUUGAGUCCUCAAUAGGGUUGGUUUUUGGGGUGGCUGGUUCAGGUGUAUUGAACUACAGGUAUAAACUGGGAAAUAUUAUAUGAAGAACAUCUGCAUUCUUCAACAAGAUCACAGUUCGGAGUUGUUUUGGUGUUUUUUUUUUGCCCCAAGCAGAUGUAGAGUCUUGUUAGUGAUGCGGUUAUAAAUAUGAUUCACACAGGUGAUUUUGGAACACCCAAACUUGGUUAAAUUUUGUUCAUUCAGUCAGUCCAAGGAUUUCUAUUCCAUUUUGGUUGUAUGCUGUGUUUGUUCUUUACUCUCUCCCCUCAUUUGUAUCCAAAUUCGUGGGUCAAAUAUAUUUCUAAAUGAUAUACAUUCAAAGUUGUCAAA